CAACCCUCAUGCCCCUUUCACUCCCACACACACAAAAUCUCACCUAUAAAACCCCAUAUUUCCCCUGGCCUCUCUCUCUCACCCUGUAGUCCUCCAAUCACUCGAAUCCCACCAUCCCAGUCCCUGUUUUCACCUCCCUGUUCCUGGGUUCUUGUUUUUCUUUCUUCUGGGCAUCUGUUUCGAGGUUUCAACAAUGGCGGUUUCAAGGUUCGAAGGGUUUGAGAAGCGUUUGGAGCUUCGUUUCUUCGGUGAUGAUCCGUUGGAAAACAUGGGUCUUAGGCUGAUUGAUUUCGAAUCACUUGAACAAGUCCUCCAUGCCGUCCACUGCACGGUCGUCUCCGCCGUCGGCAACCAUUUCUUCGACGCUUAUGUGCUAUCGGAAUCGAGCUUGUUCGUUUAUCCGAAUAAGAUCAUCAUCAAAACCUGUGGGACGACUCAGCUUCUCAAAUCCGUUGGUCCAUUGGUUCACUUUUCCGGCAAGAUUAAUCUCACGUUAUGCGAGUGUCGUUACACCAGAGGGAGCUUCAUUUUCCCCAAAUCACAACCUUUUCCCCAUACCAAUUUCAAAGAAGAAGUGAUUUACAUCGAAGAGAAUCUGCCGAACCAUCUUGUUUACAGGAAAGCCACCGUUAUGCCGUCGAAGAACCCUUCGUAUUCGUGGCAUGUAUUCACCGCCGCCGAUCAGAAUCAUCACCUCCGACGGAACCUGAAUUCCGACGUCACGUUCGAAGUUUGCAUGACGGAGCUCGACCACCAUCUGGCGCGCAAAUUCUUCAAAAAGAUCGGUGAUUGCAAAACAGGGGAUUUGGCGGGAAGGGAGAUGACGGAGUUGACGGGUAUCGACGACAUAAACCCUAGCGCUUUCAUUUGUGAUUUCGCGUUCGAUCCAUGCGGUUACUCCAUGAACGGAGUCGACGGCAAUCGACACUCGACGAUUCAUGUUACGCCUGAAGACGGUUACAGCUACGCUAGCUUCGAGUGUGUCGGCUCCGUUUACGACGAAGACGUCGACAUUGUCGAGACCUUGAAGAAAGCCGUCCAGGUUUUCAAGCCGGCGGCGGUUUCGAUUUCCACGACGAGUAACAGCCGUGAAGUCUGGACGAAGGUGGCGCGUGCUAUGGAACCGUUGGGACUCAAAUGCCGGACUUUCGCAAUUGAUGAGUUCCUCGCCGCUGGUACCGUCGUUUUCCAAACAUUCACGGCCGCUAAUCGCCGGAAAAAACAACAAGAAGAAGAAAGGUAGAUAAAAAGAAAAAGGUGGCGAGGGGGUUUAGUUUAGAGAGUAAAAAUUUUUAAUUGGCGGGGAAAACUAAUAUGAUGACGUGGAUGAUUUGAUUGGUUGAAAAAGAUGAUGGAAUGUGAGUGGAAUUUAGUAGAAAAAGAUAAAAGAAAUUAGUGGUGACGAUUUUUAAAGGGACACGUGGCAACAUCAGAAUGGUGGGUGUAGACGAUAUUCGGAAUUGGAAGCACCAUUAUAAUGCAGCCCACUUAGAUUUGACACGCCUAAAAUAUUUUUGAAGUUUAUAUG